UCCUAACCAGGAAGGACCAAAGUCAUAUGAAAAAAAUAUCAUGGUGGCUGUGCCCAGCUGUGCCGCUGUCACCUAAUCUUUUAGGUUAUAUCUGGAGUUGAAGAUGGGUAAGCCCCCCGUGAUACAGAAGAGGGACCAGAAGAAAACGUUGUCUGCACAGAAGGGUAAGAAGGAGGUGAUCAAGAACCUGCUUGUCAAUCCCUACGAUGAAUACUUUCCGGAAAUGAAUCAGUCCGAAGCUGCCGGCCUGCUUGAGUUCUUGGAGCAGUUGCCGUCCCUCAAAUGCACCACCAAAAUCCCAUGGGCUGACAUCAAGGCAAUUCCCAAGGAGUCCAGGAAAUCAUUCCGAGCAGAGCAAAGCCCAGAUUUUCAACCACCAGAGUCUGAGAUUAAAUCCAAUUUAAUUUUUGGUGUCAACAAAGUCACCCGACUGCUGGAAUCCGAAAAGUGUCCUGCCUCAGUGCUGAUAACAGCUGAUGUGAAUCCCAGAUACAUGGUGAAGCACGUCAUAGAUUUGUGCGUUUUAAAGAAGGUGAACGUUCUGGUGGUGCCCAAACUGAAGGAGACGCUUGCCUCAUCGACUGGCAUCCCCACAAUAGUUUUAGGCCUGAACAACGUGCGAAAGUUCGACGCUUUCAAUGAGAAAGUGAAGACGCUUUGCGCUAAUUAUCCCGUACCUGAAAGGCACGCGCAUUUUGCCGAAGACGAAGCGUUCUGUGCGGAAUCCGAGCAAUCCGUUGUCGAGGAUGAGGAAAUAGCAGUAACUAAAAAUUUCCAUUUGAUCAGGACGGAUCCUAAUGUCAGGGUGUUCGUGCCGGAGACGUCGAAAGCGAAGUCUCAAACCAAUCCGAUCGAUUUCCUCUCCUUCGACGAUCGGAAGCCCGCUGUUAAGACCAAUUACAUAGGGUUGAAGGUGAAAUCCGUUAGGAAGAACGCGAAUAGACCUAAGAAAUUUAAACCGCUCGUGUGAUUUAAGAUUUAAGCUAAUUAAAUAAUAAAUAUAUUUUCUCUUA